ACACAUGAAGGGUUAAAAGGAAACGAUCGGAGGCAGCGAUAACAACACAAGCUAGGGCUGAGUCUGACACACACUGAAUCUGUAGGAUGGCUCCUGCUGUUUUACUCAUCGGCUGUCUGCUCGCUGCAAUCAGCUGCUUGACCACAGAAGUGACUGGUCAAACUAGUUAUGUUACCUCCACCCCUUUAACCACACGACCUGGAGUGACCAAUGCAACAACCACAACUACCACUCAAGCUCCUCUCCAUGGAAGUUGUGCGAGUCCUGAUCUGUGCUGCUCUGGACAGAACAACAGCUGUCACCGCCUGAAUUGUUUUUGUGAUGUUGCUUGUCUGAGAUUACGUGACUGCUGCCCUGAUUUCAAACCCACCUGUCUCACAGUAAAAAACACCACAAACCCAAACAACACUUUGCCACUAACAGGAACAUGUUCGCAUCCGACUCUGUGCUGCAAUGGCACAGACUACAACUGUUUCAGAGGAUGUUUCUGUGAUGAGUCCUGCAAAAUGCUCAACGACUGCUGUCCCGACUACAACAGCACCUGCAGUUUCAAUAGCACAACUACAGCUCCACCCUUCAACUCCACUACAACUCCCCAUCAUAUCUCCACUGCAGCUCCACCCAAAGCACUCACUGUUCAGGAGGUGAAGGUGAAGAUGUUUUUGCCUGAAGAAGAGCAUCACGCUGCACUGCUUCAAGUUGGCACUGUGCUGGAGAAGUUGUUAAAAGAGAAUAAUACUGACAUCUACUCUUUCAAAGUUACGAAAAUUAAACGGGUAUCUCCAUAGGAUUGAUUCAGAAGUCAGAGAGAGGAACAGACGUGAAUAAGUGCGCACCGCUACUGAACUUUUACUAUAUUAAAUUAUAUUUGUUGUGUACGUGUUUCUGUGUAUGUGUGAAUCAAACUAUGAAAAGAAUGUGUUAGGAAACUACUCGUGUUACUCUUGUACCUCCUUCAACUGUGUGGAAGGGAAUCUGCUGCUGUUUAAACAUUGUUUUCAUUUCUCUGUUUUUGAGAUUUGUGUACAAUGAUCGCAGUGAAAUUAUGAGGAAGAGCUCUUAUGAAACACAUUAUGAAACAAAAAGACAAUCUUAUUUUAGACCAGACUGCUUCCUCGGGACCAGGCACCAGUGUGAACCGGCUUUAUAAAAUAAAGUCGUCACUCGAUUUUUAAUCGCGUACGGUUUCAAUUAGUUCUGACUUUUUAGGACAUUCUCCCAGACUUAAGCAUGUUUUCAUUUAAGGAAAUAAACACAAGGAAAUACGUUUUUGCUGCAAGACUCCUGAAAUCUCUCAAAUGACUUUUAUUUUGUAAUUCAGUGUGAAUUCACAAAACACUCGCUGGAAAAAAAUAUAAUUAAAUCUGAAGUAUUUUUCAUACAGAAGACAAACAACACUUUCCAUUUCACAAUUUAUAAAAAGUCAUGCGAAAAUAAUAUACAAGCAUUUACUGUAUAAAAACAAUAAUUUAGCACUUGCUUAUCCUGUAUAUAAAAUUUUAUAAAAUAUGUUAAAUAUUAUCUAACUAUGCAUCGCAACAAAUAAAUCCCGUAAUAAUAUUAGAUCUGCGUUGCUAACGAAAUUUCGCAGUCGAACAAGUCGUAUUAAAUACAGACAAAUGAAUGUGUUUGGAUCAACGCAGCACCAAAAUAAAUGUCCCUCUGUCCCAGCAGAUGUU